AUAUCAUCGAAAGCAACUUUGUGCUUUGCGAGACGCCGAUAAUUUGAAUAUAAUUGUAGCGGGCUAACGGGACGCACUGAAUUCAGAAUAUACAAAAAACUCUUUAAAAUGGAUUUUUUUACUAUCAUUUUAACGGGCGCCAGUGCUGAGUCUGUGGCGCGAGAAUACGCCUCCGCCUUUAUUGCCGCAAUAUUCGCUGAUCCACAUAACUGGCAUGUGAAGGUGUCGCAUAAGUUUGUGGGCCAGUGCUUCAAGGUGCUUGGUCUGAAGUUCAAUGUGAGUGUUAAGGCGUUUCGGGAAACGCAGGAUCAUCCAUACCGCAACGACAACUCGAACUACAUAUUUGAUGUCGUGCCCUUUGUGAUGACUACCGUGGAUUCCUUUCUGGACAUACUGCCUACUCUACUGGUCCGCUAUACGAAGGGUUUGGAGCAGGAACGGAAUACGUCGCAGACACCUGAUGACAAGCGCUUCGACGAGAUGACAGACCUGCUGGCCUGCUAUCUAAAAGUGGUGUUCACAUGGACGAAAGUGGUGCAUUCCAUUUUCGCCACUAUGCAUCAGGAACCCUCCGCAGAUGACAAGUACUUAUACGAGCCAGUGGCCAGAAUGUCUUUCAGCAUACUCUGCGGGCUGGCCAAACUGCUCCCCACACAUAGCGAUUCGUUUGACGGCUUCAAGCUUAUUUGCCUUACUCUCACCAUUGACGCACGCUAUGGGCUGUUCUACAAGGCGACCAGUAGACUUAUACUAAAACCUAUGCUGGACAUGUUUCGGGAGCACUUUGGGACGUUCUGCAGCGUGGAGAACUCCGCACUGGGUUUUGUCUACUAUGUUUUGACCAUUGUGAGGGAGAAGGACGAUAAUUACAUAAUGGCUUACGAGUUCCUGGAAAGUAUGCUCAAGCAGCUUGCCGAGAACCAGCAGAAAGAUCAAUGUGACACUCUAUAUCUACGUCAUUUUACCAAUGAGCUGAUCACUGAUAAAUUUCUGGCCUUACAGUUUGAGGUGUUCAAAACGAGUAAAAAUAAACCACUUCUUGUGGCCACGCUCCAGUACAUACUCACUCUCCAGCGACACAUUGUCAGUGCUGAACGGUUCCCAAUGCGCUUCCACGAAAUUAUUCUGGAGCUGUUGAUUCGCCUGCCACGAGCUUUCGCUACGGUUCAUUCAAUGGCAGCAGAGCUCUACGUGGCAUUGGCCCAGCGUCAGUACACUGAGAUGGAAAUAGGUAUUCACAUAAUGGAGACGUACAUCAAGAGUCAGCACAGCCGUCCUCGGAAUCUCACCUUUGCGCAGUUCAGGGUCCAACUGACACGCUAUCUGAAGAAGCUCAUGCAGCAUUUUCCAGCGGCUAAGAGGUUUGACAUCUACGUUUAUCUGAUCACUGCUGAGGAAGUGCGCAUCGAACAGAGCCUUAUAGCCGCACAAUGCAUAUGCGUACUCUUUGACCUGCAUCGGUUAGAAUAUUCCGCUUCGGAGGAAUCUCGUGAACAGAUGCACAAACUUCUGCGUGUUUGGCCGGCUCUAAUUUCGUCCCAACAAAAAGCCACCCGAGCUGUGCUCUACAGUGUCUACAGUGCCGUCGAUUUUAUGGCUGUGGCAUCCCAUGAUCUCGAGCUGCUGCUGACACUGGAGACAUUCUGCCUAGAUAUGUUUCUACAUGAUGAAACGCUAAGCGAAUCGGAAUUCUACGGCCUCUACAAAAAUCUAUCCUACUCCGUUAGGGCAACCGGCAACAGUCAGCUAUAUAUUACCGCUGCACAGGCUUUGCAAGAUGAAUACGCUCAACUGCAGGCUGAGUUGAAUGCCACCGAUGUGGAGGCAACACAGAGGGAAGAUCCAGAACUGCUGGAAGCCUUUGCCCAGUACUUGCGGCGUCUGCACGCCCUUCUAAGGGCCAACCACAACAAGCUAAGCAGAGACCAUCUGGCUGAAAUUAUGGACACCUUAGCUACCAAUCUGCUGAAAAGACCACAGCAGAACGACAAAUUGAGUCUCUUUGGCUCGGAAAGCUUGGCCUACAUCCUCAUCAGGCUGCAUAAUGCUCAGCAAAGAGGGAAGCUUAAGGACAGGGAUUUGAUCGGUCUGGCCAAGCAGUUACGCGACUUCUGCGUUUGUGAACUCUCCAAGCCUGCACAGGACUUUAAACGAACCAAGUUUUUCUUCUGCUCCGUUAUCUUACUGCACCUAGGCUUGAAGAGUAGUUUUCAACUGGACGAUGAAACAUAUGACGUACUCCUCAGAUGUCUGACCGUCACAACGUGGAGAUCGCAUACAAGUUGCAAUCAGCUAAUCCAAAGAUAUAUGCAAGAAAUGCACAUACUGUUUCGUCGAAUGAUCACUUGCGAUCAAAUUGUUUUUCCUAACAACCGAGUUUGGAAGGUUCUGUUGCACAACAAUGUGCUGCGAAAAGCCCCGCAGGUCCUUAAAUCAGAGCUUCAAUUACUAGUCUGCGUUCUGUUAGAGCACCGCAUUUGCAGCUUUGUCCACUGUCUGCCCGUAAUCCAGCUGCGCUUCAGCAACAAGAACACUGCCAAUAAAUGGGUGGUCGAUACACUACGGCUUAUUAAGGAUCAUGCCUCCGUCAUGGACGCUUGGGUUUUGCGGUGGAUUGUCUUCAAGGAUUCAAUAAAUCUCUUGCUUAAGAAUAUGAGCGUUCUAAGAUUGGAGGCAACCAAUUCCUACCGGAAUCGCUUGGUGCCGCUGCAGCAUCUGCAACUGAUUGUAACGAGUAUGCGCCUGAAAGAAGUGCAUUUCCAAUACAUUGGUCGGUCCAUCUACGGCUUAAAAAAAGUAGCAACUGGCUCCAAGGAAAGAGCAAAACUCGAGACUUUCAUAAAUCACAUCAGUGCGUUUAAAUACCGUUGCGAGGAUGAGCACUCGGCGGCGUCAACCAGUGAAGAUUUUGAGGGAAAACUGAUGCCACUACCGCCGGGCCCCAUGACAUUGUGGCAACACGAGUCCAUGAAAGAUUUGGAUCUCUUAAAAGCUAAAUAGUUUUGGUUUCCGUCUUAUAAAAUGAAAGUAACAUUUAUUUUAAUAAAAAUAUUAGAAUAUUGUAUUAGAA